AUCGUUGUGUAAGCACCAUCUCCAAUAACCUGUCAUUUUCAUAAUCUAUUCAUCUUCUCAACAAGAAGAUUAUCAAUUUUGAAUAAACUCUGACAUGCUUUCUCUAUAUAUAACUCCCUCCACACCCCUUUCACGAGAACACCAGGCCUACUGCAGGUUUCUGUGCAACACAUGCAUUUGUAAGGGAUUAUUUCAUGCUUUUCUGAGGGACUAUUUUCCUGCCAGGUUUGGGUCCUUGAGCUUGAAAAGACUCAUCUAAUGGAGAUAUCCAAUGGGCAUGUGACCGAACUUAGUGUCACACAAGGAGAGCCAAUGCUGGUUCCACCAGCAGAGGAGACAAAGAAGGGUCUGUACUUCCUCUCAAACCUUGACCAGAAUAUUGCAGUGAUCGUUCGGACUAUUUACUGCUUCAAGUCCGAUGAGAAGGGGAAUGAGCAAGCAGGGCAAGUCAUCAAGGAUGCUUUGGCAAAGGUUCUUGUUCACUACUACCCACUUGCUGGGCGGCUCACAAUCAGUUCAGAGGGAAAGCUGAUUGUGGAUUGCACAGGGGAUGGUGCUGUUUUUGUUGAUGCAGAGGCAAAUUGUACUAUUGAGGAGAUAGGGGACAUCACAAAACCUGAUCCAGCGACCCUAAGUAAGCUGGUUUAUGACAUUCCUGGUGCGAAGAACAUACUGGAGAUUCCUCCUCUGGUGGCUCAGGUAACUAAGUUCAAGUGUGGAGGAUUUGUCCUCGGCCUGUGUAUGAACCACUGUAUGUUUGAUGGGAUUGGGGCUAUGGAGUUUGUAUACUCAUGGGGUGAAACUGCCAGAGGCUUGCAGCUAAGUGUUCCACCUUACCUUGACAGAAGCAUCCUAAAAUCCCGGGACCCACCAAAGAUGGAGUUUCCUCACCAUGAAUUUGCAGAAAUAGAAGAUAUAUCCAACACUGCCAACCUUUACCAGGAAGAAAUGCUCUACAGGUCAUUCUGUUUUGACCCUGAUAAGCUUGAUCAACUGAAGAUGAAUGUCAUGAAAGAAGGAAUUCUCAAGAAAUGCACUACUUUUGAAGCUCUCUCUGCAUUCGUGUGGAAAGCACGCAGUCAAGCGCUAAAAUUGAGGCCUGACCAACAGACAAAGCUUCUUUUUGCGGUGGAUGGAAGGUCUAGAUUUGAUCCAGCAUUACCGAAAGGGUACUUUGGCAAUGGAAUUGUGUUAACAAAUUCUGUGUGUAGCGCAGGUGAACUGUUGGAGAACCCACUAUCGUUUACAGUCGGGUUAGUUCAGAAGGCAGUGCAGAUGGUGACAGAUAGCUAUAUGAGAUCAGCUAUCGAUUAUUUUGAAAUAACAAGAGCUAGGCCUUCUUUGGCAGCUACACUUUUGAUAACUACUUGGUCUAGGCUUGCUUUUCACAGUGCGGAUUUUGGAUGGGGAGACCCUCUUCUAUCAGGGCCUGUUGCACUGCCUGAGAAGGAAGUGAUCUUGUUCCUAUCUCAUGGGAAAGAGAGGAGAAGCAUAAAUGUGCUACUUGGGUUGCCCACCUCUGCCAUGAAGAUCUUUGAAGAACUGAUGCAAAUCUAGAAAGAAUAAGAGAUGAUGCAUUUGAUGGUGAUAUUUCUGGAAACUCUUUCUGGACUUAUUUAUUGAAGGAGUUGUCCUAGAAUAUGUGUUUCUGAUGGAAUAAUUAGCAUUUCCUGAGGCCACUUCUUGCACAAGUUGUUCAAAGAGGAGUAAGAC